AUGCCGUCGCCUCAGACAGUGGCCUCUGGGCCGGAGCUGCACAACCCCAGGGAGCCUGUGGUACCCCAGAUCCCAGCUCAGGGCACUCGGAAGGCAAGCAGCGAGGAUGCGUCCAGCGCCCAUCGUGAGGGCUUGAGGCCUGGCCUGGGCACCCUUCGGUGGGCCUUCUCAAAGGCAAGCCAGUGGGCUUCGGGCUGCGCCCCCCAGGAGGACCCAGGCCUGCUCAGACGCAGCUCCCGCCUCUUGUUCCGGUCUUUACGGCGUGCUCGGGACGAGGGCCCAGCUGCUGACCAGACCCAGGCUGCCACUGGGCCAGGGGUGGCCCAUGGCCGGGAGGCGCCCUCAAGGGCCGUGGACGGUGUCAGCCCGCAGUCAUCCACUGGGGCGGGGCCUGCGGAACUAGAAGGUGAGGACAAAUCUGUGGCUGACCUCAUCACGGAGCGGAAACUGCUGGCGGCCUUCGAGCAGCUGCGGCACCUCGAGACUCGGCUAGUGGCCGAGAAAGCCUCACGCACCUUCGAGCAGGACCCCACGGGCUUUGCGCGGCGCGCCAUGGACCUGUGCCUGCACUACGACGGGCUGGCUGCAGAGAUCGGCGCCAUCGUGCUCGAGACCCUGGGCCCAGACGGCGUGGACGCGGCCGUGCUCGCGGAGCUGGCCCGCGUGGUGCGUGCGGAAGAGGAGGCCCACCCAGAGCCCCCUGCAGACGGCGACUUUCUGUGCACGCCGCGCCACUGGCGCCAGCACUGGGAGGACGCGGUGCGCCGGAGCGCGCGGAAGCGUGUGCAGCAGGUGAGCGCAGGGGAGGCCCCGGGGUCCGGCUUGGCCCAGCUUCUGGACGAGCUCGGCCGCUUGGUUCGCCACGACCUGCAGAAGGUGCAGCUGGAGGUGCACCCGGCUUACGCGGCCGCCGGCUAUCCCGCGUGGGAGGCCUACCUGCGCGCCUUCCACGGCGCAGUGGCCCAGCGCCUCCAGGAGCUGGCGCACGACACCCACGGCUGCGAGCAGCUCUACAUCCUGCUGGACUGGGCCUCCAAUGUCUACAGCAGUCCUGAUUUCCUGGGCUCCCAGGACCUGGCUCUGCCCUCGGAGCCGCUGCCCCCACUCCUGGCACCCGAUGUGUGGGCCCGACUCGAGAGCGACUACGCCAGCUUCCUGGAGACCAAGAUCGCGAGCUGCUUCGAUGGCAUCCUGCAGGUAGAACAGAGUCGCUGGGUGGCUGCCGAGGCCCCCGACGUGCUGCAGGGCCACUACCGUACGCCGCUGUCCGUCGACGUACACAUGCUCGUGGCACAGCACGUGAAGGCAGCCGGCGUCAUCUCCGCGGAGCUGGAGGCCACCACCUUGCAGAUCUGCACGCGGGCCCUUGGCCUCUUCCUGCCCAGGUUUGAAAAGGCUUUCCUGGAGUCGGGGGCGGUGAGCGAGCCUAACCUGUGCGCCAACAUCAAUGCUUGCGAGGAGUUCAGAACUCAUCUUCUGGCCAGGUUCCCAGGAAGCCUUGAAGAGCUGGAGAAGCCCCUGGUGGCUGCCACCUGCGCCUUUCAGAAGCAGCUGCUCCAGGGCUUUCAGGGUGAUGUGCAGCCGCUCUUCAAGGUCCUGUGCACCAAGGCCUGGCUGACACAGGACGUGCUGCAGCCCCUCCUGGACAAGGUGGUGGCAUUCGCCGGCCACCUUGAGCAUGUGGUCCCGCCCCGGGCGCAGGAGACUCUGCAGGAGGUACACCGUUACGUCGUCCGCGAGUACCUGGUGCAGGCGCUGAGGCCCCGCGAGCGGUUCCGGGGUGUGGAGCGCGUGAGUGGCUCCCAGAAGAUGAGCCUGGACGCCCAGGCCAUUGGCAACACCUUCCAGGACCUGGGCUCUGAGGCCACUUGGUUGGGCCGAGCUAUCCCGUGCGUGGCGGACAUACUGGGCGAGACUUACAAAGACGACAUCCGGCGGCACCUGGAGACACUCAUCCGGAGCUACCCCGACAUCAGGCGGGACCACGUGCUGGCCAUUCUAGCGCUGCGCCGACUGGGCCACCGUCGGAACCAGCACCUCCUGACGCAUGCCCAGGACCUGCUGAGGGCCGUGGCCAAGGCAGGGGGCCCCGGCGCUGCUGAGGGCCACGUGCUCUUCGAGGAGAUCGAGGUGCCCACCUCCAUGGAUGUGCUAGUCACCUGCAUCUAG